AUGUCCUCUCCCCCGAGCAUAGCAGCUCUUACCUCGGAUUAUGAUACAUUCAUAGCUGCUCGUCGCUGGGGAACGGCAUCUGUCAUCGUGGUCGCAUGGGAGCACAUCAUCACCUCAGGACGAGAGUUCAGACUAUUCUGCUUGGGUGUUCGGCUGCUCGAACUCCGCACGGACUUUCAGCCCAUGUCAUCCACACUAUUUCCCUCCCCAGGACUGCAAUCGUUCGGGUCAAGCGAUCCAAGUCUUGCUCGCUACGCAAUACCUCUUUUGGGCAGGUUGUACCGAGAACGGAGACACUCGCUCAAGACAGACGGAGGGGCCACUUUGGCUGAGGUCCUUCUUCGCGAUGGCACCGUAUACUUCAUCGCUCUGAUGCUGUUCAAUCUGCUCCACCUCCUUCUAACGCUCUACUCUAAGGGUAGCUCGCCUCUUAAGAGCGUCAGCUACGUCACAGGGUUCACCGACCCCGUCACCGCUAUCCUCAUUACUCGCUUUCUCUUCCACCUGCAAGCCGCUGCUCAGGGCACUACCCGCUCGAAAACGGGGAGUCACAUCUUCACCAGUAUUGCCUUCGAACGCGUAGCGGGUUCCCUUGGAGCGUCUCUAGACGCUGACGGGGACGACGACGAGGUGGCCGAAGAACUGCCCGUCGUUGUGCCCGAGUAG